AAACCUUUAGUAAAUCUUUCUCAAACCUCUACACUCCAUGAACAUUGUACCUGAAACCCUUCGUUUAUUUUCAAUCAGUUUUCUGUUCCGGGCAAAAGUAGCUUCUUGACGUCAUGUUGAAGUCAAAUUUUGCAUCAAAAGUCAACCUCAAUAGAACUGAGCUAACACCCUGACUUCCUGCCCAUGAUUUCUUAUAUAUAAAGCGCGACCCUUGAGAGACAUUCCCUCCACACAAAAAAGCACAUCCUUUAGCUCCCUGCUAAUCAAGAGCAACGAGAGCCAAUAAGCCAGACACCUGCAUCGGCAUUACUUUCUUCUUGUCUCCAUGAUGGCGAACGCCGCCUUUCUUCUCCUCAUCACUGUGCUGGCCACUACCAGCGGCAUCGCUUCAGCCACGGCCGCCAGCAGCGGAGCGCAAUGGCCGUCGGCAAGGAGGAGCCGUUUUCUGCUUGCUGGCGGCGCUGCCCACCUGCCUCUGUCGGCGUACGAGUGCUCGAAGAAGUCGGCCGAAGCAUGCCUCGCGACGGGGACGACAUGCUGCAGCGGCCAGUGCGUGGACACCGUCGCCAGCGCCCAGCACUGCGGCGGCUGCAACAAGGCGUGCAAGCACGGCCGGACGUGUUGUGGCGGGCGCUGCGUGGAUCUGCUCUCCGACAAGAAGAACUGCGGCACCUGCUCUAACCGAUGCAGCAGCAAGUGCAGCUACGGCUUCUGUGACUACGCGCAGUAA